GCCUGUCUAAAGGAAAUAUGGAAGAAUGUAGAAAGAGGGCGGGGAUGACUGGGCACGAGACCGCCGACGAGGCUUCCGGGAAGAGACUGAGGACUCCGCCGGACGUAGCCGGGGACUGCUACAACGACGGAGAGGAGGACGGGGACAUGCUGGCGUGGUUGACCGUCAACGAGGAGACGGCGGGAGAGCUGAUGCAGAAGCUGCUGCAGGAGGAGACGGGGACUCCGGUGGCCCCGAGGAUGAGGUUCGUGGACAACUCGUACUGGUCGCCGGUGAUAUUCCAGUCUUCGUCUUCGUACAUCACCAUCAACGUGGGGAACGAGGAGACCUGCGGGUCGUCUUUCUCCGACUGGGAGGCAUCUGUCAUGGCAAGCGUCGACACUUGCGGUUGGGGGGCGUUUCCGGGAGCUGCGGCUGCUGGUGUGGAGGACGGCGGAGGGGAGGAGGAGGUGAAAGUAAUGGGAGAAGGGUCGUUGGGGGUGAACGGGUGCGAUGGGGUGGAAGUGGAGUGGGAUGAUGAGAUGCUGGCGAGGUUCUUGGGUGAUGAUGAAGAUGGUACGGUAGCUGUUGGUGCCGAAGAAAGAAGCCUGAAUACUGAAAACUAAAUAGCUUGUUCAUUUUCUUUCCUUCUUUUUUUUUUU